AUGUCCACGACCGUUGACAUAGCGCCGGAGCUCCUCGCCGAGCUUCGCACGUUUCGCCUAGCGAAGCGGUCGUCCAAAGGCGCAGCGCUCGUCGCCAAGAUCAACAAGGCGCAGCUGCGCAUCGAGAAGGAAGACGUCUUCGACCCGAUCACACCGGAGGACCUCGAAGAGGAACUGCCCGAGCACUCGCCGCGCUUUGUUGUGCUGAGCAUGGAGCUGCGCCACGAAGAUGGCCGCAUCUCCUAUCGCACUGACACCAGCUGGGCCCCCGUCUCCUCGAGCAUGGAGCUUUCUACGCUCUAUGCAUCGGCCGUAUCUACGUUCAGCGUGCACGCGGACGUCGGCAAGGUCAUUGACGUGCGUGAGGGCGGACUCACGACGGCCAUGCUCGCCGAGCGUCUGGGCGUGCGCCGCUGA